GAUUUGAAAUCUGAAUAGUUUAUUUCAAGCGUGUGCUAUGCUGUCAGUUCGAACGAUUGCCAACCAUUCGAAUACAAACACUAAAAAUCAUGCAUGUAUAAAUACACGAGCGAAUAAAGAGUGAAGUUGUCUUGAUUUGGAAGUUGAGCUGAAAACAACAGUGUUGUAUAGUGAAACGGAAGAAAUACCCUGACUCAACAUUUUAAAGUGGUACGAGGAUAAAAUAGCUGAAGUUUAGCUGAAAGUUAGUGUAGAGUGUGAUCUCAAGUGGUGAACAUUGCUGGUAAAGCGGUCGGAAAGAGUGCCGGCGUUGGACGAGGCGUUUUGUGCGAGCUAGGCCGGUCGUAAGUGACGCCAAUAUUCGCCAUCUUGAGCGUGCGUUUGCGCUAUUGUACCAGCGACGCGUGGUGUGAAUUUCAAUCGAAGUGAUCAGAAGUGUCCAUUUGUGCUAAAAAAAUCGGUUGAGGAUCAGCAGCGGUUAUUGUAAUUCGGCGUGGUUUGGUGUAGCUAUUCAGCAGCGGUUUUUGUCAUUCCGGAACAACCUUCUGUCUGAAAUCUGGUCCGGGCGCACUACUGGAGUGUACGGUUAAGAGGGAAUCCCAGAUUACGACCAAUUUUGUGGAACGGAGGAAACUACAUAAAAGGCAGUGAUUGUGGAAGCGGCCAUUGUGUUUUCGGCCCGGCCAAGCGUGAGAAAUUCAGCAGCGGUUUUGUAAACGAAAUUCGAAACGAGGAACGGUAGUGAAUCAGUGGCAUCCUGUUCGGCGGGCUAGCUGCAGUCUUCAGCAAAGAUCCUGGUCGGAAAUCUCCAGCACGAGUUCCAGCGUACUUCGGAGUGCUGUUUUCCACGGCGGCCAUUUGCAAUCGCUGCUCCGGACAGUUGUGGAGAAUCGAGUGACAACGGAACGUUUUUUAUACGGGCGCAAAGGAGGCUUCGGAAGGAAAGGUACGUGAUUUUUUUCUUAUAAUUGCUCAAGUUAAAACGGAUUUUCAAAUUGUUUAAAAAAUUUUGUAUAUAGCCAUGGCUCUGAUUGGUAGCAUUGACCCGUAUGUUCCGGGCUCAUCCUUCUCCAAUUAUGUGGAACUUUUGGAGUAUUUCUUUUCUAGUAAUAACAUCGAUGAAAAUAGAAAAAAAGAUCUAUUCAUGAACUUUGCCGGAAUGACAGUAUUUGAAGAAUUAAAAUUACUUUACCCUGCUACUGACCUGAAAACGUUAAGUUAUGCGGAAAUAACAAAGAAAUUAAAGGAAAGAUACGAUAAAGUGGAUUCUGAAAUCGUUUUGAGGUAUAAAUUUCGUUGUCGUCUGCAAGGAUCAACAGAAUCCGGAGAAAAUUAUAUUUUGGCAGUAAAACUAUUGGGGGAAGCUUGUGAUUUUGGGGCAUUUCGCGAUUCGGCCAUAAGAGAUCAGCUUGUAUAUGGAGUUUAUGACAAAGAUCUGCAAACUAGGCUAUUGAACGAAGAAGAACUAACUUUGAAAUCGGCGGAGCGCAUUAUUAAAAAUAAGGAAAUGGCGGUUUGCAAUAGACAAAAGCUCAACCCCGAUGAAAAUGUUAACUCGGUCAAGUUUAGGCUUGGUCGACGAGAUUCUCGCUAUGAUUCGAAUAGAGCAGAUCGUGAAAGAGGAAGAUCGAGAAGUUGGAACAGGGAUAAUGGACACAGACGUUUUAGAGAAAGAUCAAGGUCAGAUUCACGUAACAAUCGGGUUAGUAGCAAGGGAAGGUACGCAAAUUUUGUAUGUCAUUACUGCAAAGCUAAAGGUCACAUUCAGCGCUUUUGUUACCAGUGGAAGAACAGCAACCGUGCGACAGUGAAAUUUGUGAAUGAAGUAGACAACGAGGAUCCGAAUGACUAUUUCAAGAGACUGCAAAUGGAUUAUGACACCGACAAUGAAGCAGAUCGCGAUUUCAUCAAAUGUGAUCUCGGCUCACAGGGGGCAGAUCAAAGUAGUUAAGAAUUCUGAACCGCGGCGCAAUGUGGCGCUUCAGGAAGUUGCAGCAAGGGCCCGAAUAUCAUCUAAAAGGCGAUUCGAAAGUUCGGAUGAAGAUGAGCCGUUCCAGAGCACCUCAUCUCGACAGGUUCUGCAUCCUCCUACUCCUCCUCCGCCAGUUAGAAGUGAAGUUCAUCCCACUGUAUUGCAAUCCUACGAUGAAACGCAAGCCACACACAACGAUAAGCGAACACCGCGGAUAAUAUCUCCCCAGAGUAGUGAACAA